AUCCGUAUCUCACUUCAGCAGGUCUCUGCAAGGUGAGAUGGUGUGAAAGGGUAGCAUGCUCCAUCCAUUAACUUUUCUGACAGAAGCAACACCAUGACGAUCUCCGGUCGUCGCCCGGAGAGAUUCAGAUUCCCAUGUGACCUUGCCUAUCUACCACGCGUAAUAGGGGACACAAAGCUUACGCAUGACUCCACCCCAAUUGAUAGAUCUUCGCCCCUAAGCCCCACAAUUGGUAACAGCGUUGGAUCCGCACGGGCAUUAGGUUCUCUCAAGCGGCAACGGGCCCCACUUGCCGCCCGACGUCCGGUGCCCCACAUCGCCCCGGACCUCGCUGGGUGUAGGGAUUAUGGAUUAUGCCUUACCGAUACGAAUAGUGCGUUUGCUCCUGUUGAUCGGAUGCUGAAACCAAACGGCCUAUGUCUGAUUGCGUUGCAUGACUUUAGCUUCAUCGCAACCCGCAACAUGCGAGGCUGGGACUGCAGAGCGAGCUUUGAAACCCAUCCUGCAGGCCACCCACCUAUCCACUUGCGGCCCCAAGCGACGGAGAAUAUCCGUAAUGAGAAAUACUUCAAUGCCAUUGAUCAAGCACUGUCAUCCACUUGGCACGAUCGUCAGCUAUGGAGCCUUGUUAUCCCUGGAGCCCUUGCUCAGAAAUGGUAA